AUUGGGAGCUUUUUGACUGUGGUGUAUUUCAGAUUUUCAGUUUUGAAGUAGCCAACAAAACAAUAAUAGUUCUUAGUGUCUGAUAUUUGGGAUAUGAAUCACUGUUUGGGCAUUCGUUUGUUAAACAGGCUUAACAAGGUAGAAGAGUACCCGACAUUUCCCAUCAUUUGUAGCUGUUCCAUCAGUUGCAUCUGGCAUUAUCAAGAACUAACAUUCCUGAUGAUCCCUACAAUUGUUUCUGGCCUGAUUUUGAUGAAAAGGCGAAGGAUGAUGGAGGUUUUUCCUAUUCACUUAAGGAAACUCUGGAAGGAAUGGGAGCUCACUGGGGCAGCUCUGUUCAGCCUUACACUUCAAAUAGUUCUCAUUUUAUCCGGCAAUCGCAGGAAGUACUGCAGUGGAACUUGGGUGAGAUUUGUUGCUUGGUUUGCUUACAUGUUGGCUGACUCCGUAGCAACAAUUGCCCUUGGCAUCCUAUCAAAUGACUUGGGGCAGAUAUAUGAUGAUGGAGGUCAUAUUAAUGUGGCUAAUGAGCUCAGAGCAUUCUGGGCUCCCUUUUUCCUGCUGCAUUUAGGUGGUCCGGAUACAAUUACAGCCUAUUCCUUAGAAGAUAAUGAGUUGUAUCUCAGGCACCUCUUUUGGCUAAUAGUCCAGACAACUGCUACACUUUACAUCUUGUUACUUGCCUGGACAAGUUCUAAUCUUUCUUACCUAUCCAUUGUGAUGAUACUGGUGGGCUGCAUCAAGUAUGGCGAGAGAACAUUGGCCCUAUGGAAAGCAAGCAAGGACGAACUCCGAGAUAGUAUCCUCCCUGCUCCAGAUUCCGACCUAAGAUAUACUAAACUUAUGCAAAAAUAUACCAUGAAAGUGGAGGAGGGAUAUUCCGUGGAAAUACUAGAGAUGAGGGAAGGUCAGGCUGACUUGGAUGUAACUGUGCCUAGAAGAACUGCUGAAAGUGAAGAUGAUUUAGUCAAAGCUGAUGCCUUAUUUCAGACAUUCAAGAGUUUGUUUGCAGAUCUAAUCCUUAGCUAUAAUGACCUAGACAGUAGCCAAUGUUUGUUCGAGGACAUGUCUGAUGAAAACGCUUUCAAUGUGAUCGGGAUUGAACUAGGAUUCAUGUAUGAUCUGGUGUACACAAAGGCACCGGCUAUUUAUACCCUCUGGGGUUUUGUUCGACGCUUCAUCACUUUCUUCCUCACCUGCCUAGUGUUUACGUUUUUUAUCCUUGAUGAUAAGUUCAGGCAUGACAGGACUGAUUUUGUGGUCACUUUACUUUUGCUUGUCGUUGCUAUUUUCCUGGAGAUAUAUGCAGCCCUUAUUGUCCUUGCCUCAGAUCAAACCAGAGUUUGGUUGAUUAAGAAGAGGAUGACUAGCAUUCUGCAAUUCAUGAAUUCUUUUGAAGAAUGGUUUAAGUGGUUUAAGGUGCCGAGGUGGUCAAAUUCUAUUGCACAGUAUAGUCUACUAUGGCUCAGCCUUGAAGAAAAACUUAGCCUUAAAAUUAUUGAAGAAUUUCGGUAUAAAGAAAUCAAUGAUUUCUCUACGAAAUAUAGGAAGCUGAUUUUUGACCAUGUCAAAGAGAAGUUUGAGCAGAUUUUUUACGAAGAGGGGCCUGCGCAAUCUGAUGAGCAGAUUUCUUACCAUGUCAAAGAGAAGUCUGAACAAUCUGAGGUAUCAAAGAAAAAACGGAAGCGGAGAAGUAAAAGCGCGCUUGAUACAGCUCUUAGGGAGUUCUACAGCCAAAGGGGAAAAGGCACACUUGAUAAAUACAAGAAAGAGAUAGGUCAGGUUGACCUUGAAUGGGGUAUAAGUACUGUUGAAUUUGACAAAAGCAUCCUUAUCUGGCACAUGGCUACAGAAAUCUGCUACAACUCAGAAAAUCAUGAUGAUGUCAAUUUAAGUAGAGAUUUCAGUCUGCACAUGUCAAGAUACAUGUGUUAUCUCCUAGUCAUUUGUCCGUCCUUCUUGUCUGACAGGAUUGAUAUUAUGAGGAUCCGGCACACUCGUGCUGAGGCCAUGAAAUUUUUCAAGGAGCAACCGCCGGCUGCCCUCGCUGAACUUCGGAGAAAACUAUGUUCCUGUUCCGGUGUUGAAGAUGUUGAGAAAAGAAGAAUUAAGGCUUGCAAGUUGUUGGUUGAAGUGAAAACAGACGUUCCACCCAGCAAAGUCAAAGGCGACAGCAGCAAAUCUGUGUUGUUUGAGGCUUGCAGGUUGGCCUCAAGGUUGAAUACUAUAUCAGAUCCAAAGAUUAAAUGGGAUCUAAUGAGAGAUAUGUGGUUGGAGCUGCUAGCUUAUGCCGCUUGUCACUCUAGGGAUAGUCAGCAUGGUCAGCAGCUGAGAAGAGGUGGAGAACUUCUAACCCAUGUGUGGCUUCUUAUGGCUCACUUUGGCCUCACUGAGCAGUGCCAGACAGCUCCAAGCCAUGCACCAAGAGCCAGGCUGGUCACCAGAUAGUAGCAGAGACAGGCAUCCUGUUUUAAAUUCUAAUUGAGAGAUCACAACUUCUCAUCAUCUGGACUGAGUUCUAGGUAAAUUGCUUUCUUCACAAUUUUCUCUUUCUCUUGAGUAUUAAUGCUGUUAAAUGCUAUAUGUAGAUUGAGGACCCGACUUGUGUUUCUGCAACUUACAUGUGUUGCUUUGUCUUUUGUUGUAAAGAAUAUCGAAACUGAUUUUUGUGAUAGUUUCCUAAUGUUUCCAUAAUCCUGACAUAGAUGACUAAUCUGCGUAUAAGAAAUCUUAGAAUUGUAG